AUGGAACUUCGGUAUAUGUUGCUGUCAAUUAUCUCAGCUUUGUGUAAGUCCGAUGCCAUUGCUACCACAAAUCUGGUGUCCCACUAUCCAGCUACCACAAAUCUGGUGUCCCACUAUCCAGCUACCACAAAUCUGGUGUCCCACUAUCCAGCUACCACAAAUCUGGUGUCCCACUAUCCAGCUACCACAAAUCUAGUACCACACCAUCCAGCCACCACAAAUCUGGUGUCCCACUAUCCAGCUACCACAAAUCUGGUGUCCCACUAUCCAGCUACCACAAAUCUGGUGUCCCACUAUCCAGCUACCACAAAUCUGGUGUCCCACUAUCCAGCUACCACAAAUCUGGUGUCCCACUAUCCAGCUACCACAAAUCUGGUGUCCUACUAUCCAGCUACCACAAAUCUGGUGUCCUACUAUCCAGCUACCACAAAUCUGGUAUCCCACUAUCCAGCUACCACAAAUCUGGUGUCCCACUAUCCAGCUACCACAAAUCAGGUGUCCCACUAUCCAGCUACCACAAAUCUGGUGGUCUACUAUCCAGCUAACACAAAUAUUCUGGUGUCCCACUAUCCAGCCAUCACAAAUCUGGUGUCCCACUAUCCAGCUACCACAAAUCAGGUGUCCCACUAUCCAGCUACCACAAAUCUGGUGGUCUACUAUCCAGCUAACACAAAUAUUCUGGUGUCCCACUAUCCAGCUACCACAAAUCUAGUAUCCCACCAUCCAGCCAUCACAAAUCUGGUGUCCCACUAUCCAGCUACCACAAAUCUAGUAUCCCACCAUCCAGCUACCACAAAUCUGGUGUCCCACUAUCCAACUACCACAAAUCUGGUGUUCCACUAUCCAGCUACCACAAAUCAGGUGUCCCACUAUCCAGCUACCACAAAUCUGGUGUCCCACUAUCCAGCUACCACAAAUCUGGUGUCCCACUAUCCAGCUACCACAAAUCUGGUGUCCCAAUAUCCAGCUACCACAAAUCUGGUGUCCCAAUAUCCAGCUAACACAAAUCAGGUGUUCCACUAUCCAGCUACCACAAAUCUGGUGUCCCACUAUCCAGCUACCACAAAUCUGGUUUCCCAAUAUCCAGCUACCACAAAUCUGGUGUCCCAAUAUCCAGCUACCACAAAUCUGGUAUCCCACUAUCCAGCUACCACAAAUCUGGUGUCCCAAUAUCCAGCUAACACAAAUCAGGUGUUCCACUAUCCAGCUACCACAAAUCUGGUGUCCCAAUAUCCAGCUACCACAAAUCUGGUGUUCCACUAUCCAGCUACCACAAAUCUGGUGUCCCAAUAUCCAGCUACCACAAAUCUGGUGUCCCACUAUCCAGCUACCACAAAUCUGGUGUCCCACUAUCCAGCUACCACAAAUCUGGUGUCCCAAUAUCCAGCUACCACAAAUCUGGUGUCCCACUAUUUAGUCAUCAUUUAUCUGGUGUCCCACUAUCCAACCACUACUAUUACCAAAUCUUCUUAA